AUGGACUAUGCCGGCCAUGACCGCGACGAGGGCCCGCCCACAAAGCGCCAACGAAGCGCCGCAUCUCUCGACGCAACCAUGCUCUCCACCUCCGAGGGCAUUCCCGUAAAUGGCUUCGACCCGGCCAUGGAUACCCAAACCACAGACGAAGCGGCGUCUGAAGUCGUCUACGAAUCGACGCCUGUCGUCACGCCCCGAAAACGCGGCCGUCCACCGAAACACACACCGACAAAAUCACCCGCCACGCCCUCCACCUCUGCGCGCAACACCACCACCACCACGACGGCCCAUCUCACGCCGCUCAAAGCCGUCGGGCCCAACGCCUCGACGCCAGGUCGCCACGCUGCCGAUCGCUCCGCGCGGCGCAAGACGGCCCGCGCGCUCCUCGAGCACGCGACCGGCGACGGCCUCAGCGAUGACGACGCCGGCGUCGAGGACGACCAGGAGGAAGACCUCGCGCGGGCCAUCUUUGGAGACACGUCAGACGAGGACGAGGACGAUGGUCUACUUCCCGAUGUCGACGUCGCCGCCGCUACCGCAACCACACCAACAAAGCAGAAGCAGCGCCGCCCGCGGAAACGCGCCAAGUCGCCGACGCCCCCGCGCGACCUCCCGCCGCAGGAAAUGUACUUUUUCCACAACAAGCCCGGCCGGCCCAAGACGUCGGACAAUACGCUCGCGGGGCUGAGACUCCUCACGCAUGACGAGUACUUUGACAUAUUGCGCGGAAAGGGCGCUGCCACCAUCACGCAGCGCCACGCCAAGGAUGUCGAGUACCUCGAGACGCUGCACGCAGAGUCGUUUGCGCAGUGGGCGCUGGAGCUCGCGCAGGGCUUUAGCCUGUGCCUGUACGGCUACGGGUCGAAGCGGGCGCUGCUGAAGCGCUUCGCCGCGUACCUGCACGAUCUGGUGCCCGAGAGCCCCAUUGUCGUCGUCAACGGCUACGCGCCGACGACCAAUAUCCGCGAGAUCCUGGCCUGCAUCGCGCGCGCCGUCCUGCCGCCCACCAAGAAGAAGAGCCUGCCCUCGGCGCAGCAGCCCCUCGCCACGGCGCGGUCCAUUCUCGCCCACCUCACCUCCUCCUCCCCCUCCUCCUCCUCCGCCACCCUCACCAUUCUCGUGCACUCCAUCGACGCCUCCGCCCUCCGCCGCUCCUCGCCGUCCUCGUACGCCGUGCUCGCCUGCCUCGCCGCGCACCCAGCCGUGCACCUCGUCUGCUCCGCCGACGCGCCCGAUUUCCCGCUGCUCUGGGACGUGGGCGCGCGGUCCGCGUUUUCCUUUGUCUUCCACGACGCCACGACGUUUGCGCCGCUCGCGGGCGGCGUCGAGCUCGACCCUGUUGAUGAGGUGCACGAGCUGCUCGGGCGGAAAGCGCACCGCGUGCACGGCCGCGAGGGCGUCGCGUUUGUGCUCAAGAGUCUGCCCGAAAAUGCGCGCAACCUGUUUCGGCUGCUCGUCGGCGAGGUGCUCGUCGCCAUGGAUGAGGAUGCCGCGGGGCGCGAGGACGGGGCGGCGGGUGUCGAGUAUAGAAUGGUGUACAACAAGGCCGUUGAGGAGUUUGUGUGUAGUUCCGAGAUGGCGUUUCGUACACUACUGAAAGAAUUUCACGAUCAUCAAAUCAUCACUAGUCGCAAAGAUGCACUGGGUACAGAGUUGCUCAGUCUGCCGUUUGGACGCGAAGAGCUCGAGGCUAUUUUGGAAGAUCUCAUGGCAUAA